GCUUAUCUUUAGGUAAAAAAGAGGAUAAAUUGGGUAUUCGUGCAUCAUCAACUUGCUCCCUGAUCUUUGAAGAUUGUCAAGUGCCUAAAGAUAGCAUGUUAGGGAAACCAGGAAUGGGUUUCAAGAUAGCAAUGAUGACUCUUGACUCUGGAAGAAUUGGUAUUGCUGCUCAAGCUUUGGGUAUUGCACAAGCCUCACUAGAUGUAGCUGUAGAUUAUGCUACAAAACGUGAAGCAUUUGGUGCACCUCUUACAAAAUUGCAGGCUAUUCAGUUCAAACUUGCUGAUAUGGCCCUCCAACUUGAAUCUGCACGUCUCCUUACAUGGCGAGCUGCUUUUCUGAAAGAUAACAAUAAGCCAUUCACCAAGGAAGCUGCUAUGGCCAAGUUAGCUGCAUCUGAGGCGGCUACUUUCUGUGCCCACCAGUCAAUUCAAAUUUUGGGGGGAAUGGGUUAUGUUAGUGAUAUGCCUGCAGAGCGUCAUUAUCGCGAUGCCCGAAUUACAGAAAUUUAUGAAGGAACUUCUGAGAUUCAACGCCUUGUAAUUGCUGGUAACCUGAUCAAGGAGUACAAUGUUUGAAUGAUGUUCUCCAAGACAUUACAUUCUUACUUUCUAUGGUUUCUUGAAAUUACUUCACUAACAAAUGUCCCUAUAAAGACUUCAUCUAAAACGAGGCAAAGAGAAGGGUGUCUUAUAAAUACUAUUUUUUAUUUUACCUACUUUACUUGCUUACUUUCAUUUAGGGAGUUGUUGCAAGUGUAUCAAAAUGCCAAUUUUAAAUGUGCUCUAUGUUUUUUCUAUUUCUGAGGCUAUGUGAAAAUGCUAUUUUUUACUGUAUAUUUUGAAAAAUGUAACAGGUUUCGUACUCCUUUAUUUUACCAAUUGUUAAUUUGUAUUUAUAUUUUUAUAACAGUUGUUAACAAACAGCAUGAAUUGUCAUAAUUUACUUUACAGUUUUAUCAUUAUUUUUUUUGCCAAUCACAAUAUGUUAAAUAUUUUAAGGUAGAUUUGUUAAUGUGGUGAACCAAAUCACAGUAUUUUAUGUGUAUGCUCUCCUUUUGCAAGUCUGAAAUUAUGGUAGAAGUCAUGUAUGGUGUGUUGUGGUGAAGACUAUAAGAGUUUUAAGAGCAGGCUUAUUUUUUUUAAGCAGAACAAAAUGUACCUGAUAUAGAGAGAGGCCAAAACCAAACAUAUUUUCUUUUAAAUAAAAAGAAUAUCUGAGUGUGUAA